AUGAAAAAAAGCAAAAAAAGCAAUGGUAAUGAUAUACACUAUUCUACAAGAGAAAGAUUGAUACCUACAAGUGAUGCUAAGGUAACAUUAGGUCACGAUGUAGAACUACGAAAAGCACUUAUUCCUCUUAUAGUCGAUAUGAUACCAGGUUGGAAUGAUGUCUCUCAUGAAUCUCAUAUUCAAAUAGAGAGGGUCAGUGGAGCUCUUACAAACUGCGUGUUUUUCAUUACGAAGAAAUUACAACCACUUAAAAAAGUUGAAAAUGAAAAACCUCCUAAAAUAGUGCUCCGAAUCUAUGGUAUUGGAGUGGAUCUAUUUAUUGAUAGACAAAAAGAAUUACGCUUUUUACAAAUGUUGUCAUCCGUAAAUAUUGGACCACAAUUGUUGGGAAUUUUUAAAAAUGGUAGAUUUGAACAAUACCUAGAAUCUACGACACUAACAAAUUGCGAGUUGCGCACUCAAUCAUGUCGUAUUGCUCAACGAAUGUUUCAACUUCAUUAUAUUGUUCGUUUAUUUCCACCGCCACGAGAUACAAUUCCUGAAGUUUGGGCCAACAUUGAUAAAUGGUAUCCAUUCGCUUUAAAUACUAUAUUUUCGAAGGCAUACAUGUGUACUGAAAAGCAGAAAAGAGAAUUGAAAGAAUUUGAUUUUGAUUUGUUGAAACAUGAGAUUGAACAUCUUAAAGUCAUGCUUUUUAAACUUGACUCUCCAAUCGUCUUUGCACAUAAUGAUACGCAGUAUGGAAAUAUCCUUCGACUUUUGGACGGAACUGAUCAAUUAGUUGUGGUGGAUUUUGAAUAUUCCGGAUAUAAUUAUCGAGGUUUUGAUAUUGGCAAUCACUGGUGUGAAUGGAUGUUCGAUUAUCAUUCUUCAGAGCCACAUAAAGUUAAUUUGGAUUGGUAUCCAACGGAGGAAGAGCAAAUUAAAUUUUUACAAGCUUAUAUAUUAGCCGAACAAAAAUUAAUUUCUUCUGAAGAACGCUUAAUUUAUUCACCUUCUUUAUCUUCUAGUAAUAAUAGUGAUUAUUUGCAAAAGCUUAGAUUGGAAGCUAACGCUUUUGCGUUAGCGAGUCAUGUUAUGUGGGGUUUGUGGGGUUUGGUGCAAUCAGGUCAAAGUAAUAUUAACUUUGAUUACUUGAGUUAUGGCAUGUCACGCCUAAAGACUUUUAGGGAUUUGUCAUCUAAAAUUUAUGACAAAAUUAAUUUAUUAUAA